GCCUUUGUUCAGACGCUCUUUGUGAAUGCGAUAAUGAAGGCAUCUGUUGAUUACAUUUUGCUCAUCGUUGGGCUGAUGGCAAUAGUUGAUUAUGCACUCGCCCAACAGGCCAACCUGCACACAGCGCCGCCGUUGGCUGACGAUGAGGCGCACUUUAACAGCAGCUUGGAAGCCAUUUUAGUGCCACGCGUUGUUGGUAGCCGCGGCCAUCAGCAGGUCCGCAAUUACCUAGUUAACUCACUCAAAGCCCUUGGCUUUCAAACGGAAGUGGAUGAGUUUAAGGAACGUGUGCCGAUCUUGGGUGAAGUAACGUUCGCCAAUGUGAUAGGCUACAUCAAUCCACAGGCACAAAAUUACUUAGCUCUCGCCUGCCACUAUGACAGCAAAUAUUUUGCUGAAGAUCCCGGAUUCGUCGGCGCCACCGAUUCGGCUGUGCCCUGUGCCAUGCUAUUGAAUACAGCGAAAACGCUGAAAAGCUAUCUGGCGCAGCAGUUCCGUAACCGAAAUGAUCUCGGCUUGAUGCUGAUCUUCUUUGACGGCGAGGAGGCCUUCAGGGAUUGGAGCAGAACUGAUUCGCUUUAUGGCUCACGUCAUUUGGCCAGGAAAUAUAGUCAAAUGCCCAACCCAUUUGCUACUGCACAGGGUCGAAGCUCACGUCACAUUGAUCGCAUUGAGGUGCUUGUGCUGCUUGAUUUGAUUGGUGCGCGCAAUCCGAAAUUUGCCAGCUUCUUUGAGAACACGAGUGGGUUGCAUACGAGUCUCGUGCAGAUCGAGCAGACAUUGCGCGCUUCUGGCCAGCUGGAGGGCAAUAACAAGAUGUUUCUGAAUCGACCCGCUGGCGGAUUUACCGACGACGAUCAUCGCCCGUUUUUGGAGGAGAAUGUGCCCGUAUUGCAUCUGAUAGCGACACCCUUUCCAACCCAGUGGCACACCCCAAACGACAAUGCUGCCAAUCUUCAUUGGCCUUCCAUACGCAACUUUAACCGAAUCUUCCGCAACUUCGUCUACCAGUAUAUGACGCGACAUAGCGUGCCCGUCGACCUACGAUUCCGUCACAAAUAGAUGCACACAGUCUUAAUGUGGCUUAAAUAUUAUCAUUGUAUUUAUCAUGUAAAUUGUGUGGUUUAAUAAUAAAAAGUCCUAGUAAAUGCU